AUGAUGAUCACUGAAGACGUUGUUUCAUUUCAAAAAGGAUUGAUGGAUUGGUUGACUGAAGAAAGUGAAUAUGUAUUACAACGUUUAGAUCGUUGGACCUCAAUAGCACGUGGUUACAAUCGUUUGUAUCCUCAAAGAUUGUCUCGCGGGUGUAUGACAAUGCAAAAAGAACCAGAUGAUGAAUCAUGGCGCCAUUCGCCAAGUUUUCAUACUCUAAGUGGAUCAUCAUCGAGACGCGUGACACGUCUUCCUGACGAAGUGAGAAAAAUAAAUUGCUGCGGUACAUUUAAUUACCAAUCUAAUAGCCGUGUUGAUAAUUCGUGCUUAGAAGCUUAUCGGUAUGACCACAGCAUCUAUUUCAAGACUAUCGGUGAUAUAAAGAGUAGCAAGAAUAUUAAAGAAACUGAAAAUCAAGAAUGUAAAGAAGAAACAUUAGAUUGUAGUGAUGAACAAGAUCUUAAUGAUGUUUCUGGUGAUGAAAUAAUGAAUGAUCUCAAUAAUUCUGAGAGUCCAAUGGACGAAGAUUCUAUUUCAAACAAUGAAAUAACUUGGUUUGAUAAAAAUUAUUGUGAGAAUUUAAAUGAUAAUUCAAGAUCAAGUACAAAUUUAUCAUCUGAAAAUAUGAAUACGAAUCGAAUGAGUUCAAUGGAAGAAAAAAAUCAAAAUAAUGGAGUAACGAGAAUUUUGAACUUUGGAAAGUCAAAUAGACGAACAAAAGCUAUUAAGCAGACUAAAGUACUUGGAGAUAAUAACAUUUCUUGGCCUGGUGUAUUAUUCAGCUAUAAUGUUGAUACGUCUUUAGUUUCUUCUCAUCACAGAGUUCUUAAUGUCAAAUAA